AUGUCGGUGGUGUCGCAGAGCUCCCGAGCCGUUCGUCUCCUCGCCCCGAGCCUCGCCUCGCUGCGAGAGAGACCAGGACCCCGCAAAACCACGGGGGACGCCGGGGAAUAUUCGGGAAGGCCGUCGUCACUGGAGGAAAGAGCCAAUCCAAGGGCGGAGCACAUUCCUCAGCUGAUGGAGAACAGAGAUAUCCCGAUCAGUCUCGUUGGUGCCUGGACCACUCUCCUGGGGAAGAAGACCAACACUGCCACACACAUCUGGGAGUACGAGUGUUUCAAUGAUGUCGCUCAAUCUGUCGAGAAGAUGGCAACAGACAAGUCGUGGCAAGAGUUCACGAGAGCCGGGGCAAAAUUCCUCCACAGCACCUGUAACCAGAUUGUCCUACCCUUCACCUUCUUCCAGUCCUCUACUGGGGAGACCACACCCACUCAGGGCGGGCAGAGGAGAGUGUUUGAAAUGAGGUCUUACGAACUGAAGCCUGGAAGCAUGAUUGAAUGGGGACAAGAGUGGGCCAAGGGAAUUCAGUAUAGAAGAGAGGAGGCAGUCGGUGGUUGGUUUUCUCAGAUUGGCCACAUGCACUCUGUCCAUCACCUCUGGGUGUACAAGAGUCUCCAGGAUAGAGAUGAAACAAGACAGAGUGCCUGGGCCUUCCCCGGCUGGGACGAAUGUGUCAGGAGAACAGUUCCCCUGAUACAUGAGAUGGAGUCCUCAAUUCUCCUUCCCACUGCCUACUCUCCACUGCAGUAGACCACACACCACUGACUACUAGUGAUCCUAUUCCCCCCACACUUUUUGUUUUUUCACACAAUUAUUGUAUGAUUACGUUUUUGAAUCGAUUUUGAGGUA